AUGGCUAAUCUCACCACUUUAAAACGACAACCUGGUCACAUUCAAGCGACUAUGACCACUCUCAAAAAGCAUUUGGAUAGCAUCCCUCAAGACCGAGCAAAAAUUAAUCUGCAUUUGAUUAAAAGCGCGUUAGAUACAAUAGAACAGCAAACGUCUUCAAACAUACCUGCGCAACAUACCUCUACCUACACCAACCCUCAGACUGAGAAAAGACAGGUAACAUUUGUAGUCAAUGCUAUGUCUAAUGACAUAAUGGUUACUUCUGUGCUUGAGAUUUUAGACAAGGACAAAAGACCUAUACAGUGUCGAGGACUUCUCGAUACCUGUUCGACUACCAAUUUCAUUACUCGUCGUCUGGCUGAUGUUUUAAAAUUGAAGAAAACAUCAUGUAAUGUGCCUGUUGGCGCUUUAAAUUCUAUGACUACUUAUUGUACCGAGCUUGCAACAGCUACCAUUAAAUCUCGUUUAAACGAUUAUAAAAAGACACUGACCUUUUUAGUCGUACCAGAAAUCUCGCAUUUUAUACCUGAUCAACCGAUCCAACGUAAAUUGAUAAAGAUACCUGAUAAUAUUGUAUUAGCUGAUCCAAACUUCCAUAAACCUGCGCCUGUUGACCUACUUUUAGGAGCAGGCACCACUCUUUCGCUAUUAUCUGUCGGACAAAUCAAAUUGUCCUCAUCUAACCAACAAGAAUUAUACCUGCAAAAAACAAUGCUUGGCUGGAUAAUAGGUGGAGCUGCCCCAUCCAGUCUACCGACCUCAUCAAAUUUUUAUCUCACCACUACCAAUUUAGAUUUCGACCUUCAGAAGUUUUGGGAAAUAGAAGAAUGUCCCACCGUCAAGAGAUUCACCGCAGAAGAAGAAAAAUGUGAACAUCAUUUUCGUAAGCACGUAACCAGAGAUUCCGAUGGGCGAUAUGUCGUUGCCCUACCGUUCAACCCGCAUACUACCAAGCUAGGAAAAUCAUAUCAUCUGACUCGCAAGAGAUUCGACAGUACUGAGCGUAGAUUAAAUCAAAAACCUGAGCUCAAGAUACAAUAUGAAGAAGUUCUACAAGAUUAUUUAAAACAAAAUCAUAUGUCUCCGAUGGUUGAUAACCCUUUGACUUCAAAUGGUUAUUAUUUACCUCACCAUGCAGUUAUGAAAGAAACCAGCCUUACUACAAAGGUACGAGUGGUAUUUGAUGGCUCAUUAAAAACUUCUUCAGGUGUAUCACUCAAUGAUGUCUUGUAUACUGGCCCAACUAUUCAACCCGAUUUAUUCACCAUAUUGAUUAGAUUUCGUAAGCACCCAAUAGUAAUUACGGGUGACCUAAAACAAAUGUACCGACAGUUUUUAGUCAGAAAACAAGACAGAAAGUUCCAGCGUAUCCUCUGGAGAAAUGAAGCUAAAAAACUCCAGACAUAUGAGUUAAAUACCGUCACCUUCGGUAUUACCUGUGCCGCUUAUUUAGCAAUACGUUGUUUACACCAAUUAAGUGAAGACGAGGGUGAAUCAUAUCCAGUCGUCGCACCAUUGUUAUUAUCCGAUUUUUAUGUUGAUGACUUUCUUAGUGGAACAAAGACUAAGGAAGAAGCAAAACUUGUGAUUACGCAAAUGAUUGGGAUCCUAUCUACUGCCGGACUAACAAUGAGGCAGUGGGCUUCUAAUGACCCUUCGGUUUUAGAAGAUAUACCUGCGGAAGAUGUCAACCCUCGAUUGCAAUUGGGAGACACUACAUUGAAAACUUUAGGUAUACAUUGGGACUCUCGCACUGAUACUAUUACUUAUACGGUAAAUCCUAUCCAAUCAAACAAGAUUACCAAAAGAAUUAUUUUAUCUGAAGUAGCUAAAAUAUUUGACCCGUUAGGUUUGCUGGCUCCAGUUAUUAUAUUAGCUAAAAUUAUUUUACAAAAUUUGUGGAAUUAUAAACUGGACUGGGACGAAUCUCUACCUGCGGACCUUCACAGUGACUGGCAAAAGUACUGCGAACAAUUACCUUCUCUAAAUCUAUUGUCAUUUUCUCGUACCGUAAUUACUGCUGACCUUAAAGAAAUUCAAUUACAUGGAUUUUCCGAUGCUAGUGAGAAGGCAUAUGGAGCGUGUGUCUACUUACGUACUGUUGACCAUUUAGGCAACAUUAAGGUGCAAUUAUUAUGUGCAAAAUCUCGAGUUGCACCGAUCAAAACCUUAACUAUACCAAGAUUAGAGCUUUGUGGAGCUCAACUUUUAUCAACAUUGAUAAAAACGGUUAAAACUGCCCUGGAUGAAGAAGUCAAUAUUUUUUAUUGGACUGAUUCAACUAUUGUUUUACGUUGGCUUCAAAUUUCUCCACAGCAACUAAAAACCUUUGUUGCGCAUCGUGUGGCUGAAAUACAGACCGUUACACAAGUAAAGUCUUGGAGACACGUUCCUACAGAACAUAAUCCCGCUGAUCUUGUCUCGCGAGGAGUUUUGCCUGCAGAGUUUCCCUCUGCUAACCUAUGGAAGGAUGGACCGUCGUGGUUAAGCCAAUUGGAAUCGUUUUGGCCGAGCCAUGAAUCACCGAAGAUUGAAGAAGUACAAUCGGAGCUACCUGAGCAGCGCCGACCCGUAUGUUUAGUCAAUGCAGCUAGGCCAUUUACAACGCUAACAAGAUUUCCAACUUUAGAACGUAUGAUACGUGGUUUGGCCUACUGUUUCCGAUUUGUUAGAAAAGAUUUUCCAGCAAAAUUUCUUACCGUAAAUGAAUUACGACAUGUGGAAACUCGAGUACUUCGAUGUGUGCAAUCUCAAGCAUUUCCUGAAGAUAUAAAAAAUUUGAUUUCUAAGGAUAGGAAAAAAUCAGUAAGUUCGAAUCUCCUCAAAUUAUCUCCUUUUCUCGAUCAAGAUGGAAUAAUGAGAGUGGGUGGACGUCUAUCUUUGUCCAAUUUACCGUUUGAUGCCAAACAUCCUAUUAUAUUGCCAAAAAACAAUCAUGUCACUGAUUUGUUUAUUAUGUAUUUUCACAAAAAACAUUUGCAUACAGGCGUUCAACAGACCCUAUAUACCAUUCGUCGUAAGUAUUGGAUCAUUGAUGGCCGGAGCCAGGUAUACAAAAAUUUGAAGCAAUGCUGUAAUUGCUUUAAGGCUAGUCCGCCUCCUACAGAGUAUGUUAUGGGUAAAUUACCAAAGGCUCGUGUUAACAUUGCUAAUCCUUUUAAUCAAGUUGGUGUUGAUUAUUGUGGGCCUUUCCUUUUAAAAGAAAAGAAAUUUCGUAAUCGAGUUUCUAUAAAGGCAUACGUCGCUGUAUUCGUAUGUCUUGCCGUAAAAGCUGUUCACCUAGAGUUAGUGACCGAUCUCACUUCUGAUGGUUUCUUGUCUGCCCUGAGACGAUUUAUUUCACGUAGAGGUCUAUGUCAAGAUAUCUAUAGUGAUAAUGGGACUAACUUCGUUGGAGCUAACAACAUUUUAAAGGAAUUUAUUAAAGAUAUAAAAACCACUGAAGCUCAAAAUAAAAUUCAAGGAUACCUAAGUGACAAGGGUAUUCAAUGGCAUUUUAGUCCACCUCACGCACCCCAUGUUGGUGGCCUAUGGGAGGCUGCUGUGAAAAGCUUUAAAAAACAUUUAGGCCACGUAGCUGGACACGAUAUGUUGUUCACCUACGAACAAUUCAACACUUUAAUUAUUGAGAUUGAAGCAAUUUUAAAUUCUAGACCGAUGACCACUAUCUCCUCUGAUCCUACCGAUCCUAUACCCCUUACUCCUGGCCAUUUUUUGAUAGGUGAUUCUUUGACCAACUUACGAGGUUACGAUUACACCGCCACGCCUGAUAAUCGUUUAUCUCAUUGGCAACAUUUACAGAAGGUGCAACAACACUUCUGGAACCGAUGGAGCAAGGAGUAUUUAAAUGAAUUGACCGUUCGUACCAAAUGGAAAAAGGCUGGCCCUGAGAUAAUAAAUGGGUCAAUUGUCUUAUUAAGAGAAGACAACAUACCACCGGCUCAAUGGGCGCUGGGAAAAAUUGUUGAGUGCUAUCCAGGUAGUGAUGGUGUAGUGCGCACAGCGUUAGUGAAAACUGCUAAAUCAUCCUUUGUUAGAAAUGUCAAAAAACUUGCAAUAUUACCAAUUUCGAACAAUUUCAACAGGCUUGCUAUGACUUCUUCUUACAAUAAAUGUUAA